UGCCGCCGAGCAGGAAAUGCCGUGCACCGGGCACCUCGCCACGCCGGGGCUCCGGGCCCCCGCCGCGCCGCCAGAGCCCACGGUGAACAUCUUCCAGGCGCCGAGCCCCGCGCCGCAGCCCUGGCCGGCCCCCCCGCCGCAGCCCCCGGCCCCCGGCGCCCCGCGGGACGCCUGGGCCGGGAAGCACGAGUUCCUGCUCUCCUGCCUGGGCUACAGCGUGGGGCUGGGCAACGUGUGGCGCUUCCCCUACCUGUGCUACCGCAACGGCGGAGGCGUCUUCCUCAUCCCCUACUUCGUCAUGCUGUUCCUCACCGGGCUCCCCCUCUUCCUCAUGGAGCUGAGCCUGGGGCAGUACGGUGCCACGGGGCCCGUCACCGUCUGGAAGUGCUGCCCGCUCCUGAAAGGCAUCGGCGUCAGCAUGCUGCUGGUGUCCUCCCUGGUGUCCCUCUACUACACCGUCAUCCUCGCCUGGGCUUUCUACUACCUGGGCAGGUCCUUCCAGAACCCGCUGCCCUGGUCCUGCGGUGCCCCCCGGAACAAGCCCCUCUGCCAGAACGAGUCGGGGAACGUCACUGGCUUCAGCGCCAGCGAGACCUUCUGGAACGAGCAGGUGCUGGGGGUGACGCACAGCUCCGGCCUCGGGGACCCCGGCGCGGUGCAGUGGCCGCUCGCCCUGUGCCUGCUGGCCGCCUGGGCCGUGGUUUUCCUCUGCAUGCUCAAGGGCAUCCGCAGCUCGGGCAAGGUGGUCUACUUCACCGCCACCUUCCCCUACCUGGUGCUCCUCAUCCUCCUCAUCCGCGGGGCCACGCUGGACGGCUCCAUCGACGGCGUCCGCUUCUACCUCUCCUCGGACUGGAGCAAGCUGCAGAGCGCGCAGGUGUGGAGCGACGCGGCCUCGCAGAUCUUCUACUCGCUGGGCAUCGGCUUCGGCGGGCUGCUCUCCAUGGCCUCCUACAACAAGUUCGACAACAACGUCGUCCGGGACACCUUGGUCAUCGCCGUCGGGAACUGCUGCACCAGCUUCUUCGCCGGCUUCGCCAUCUUCUCCGUGCUGGGGCACAUGGCCCGGACGAAGCAAGUGCCCGUGGGCGACGUCGUGGACUCAGGCCCGGGGCUGGCGUUCGUGGCUUACCCCGAAGCCCUCGCCCUGCUGCCCGGCUCCACGUUCUGGUCCAUCCUCUUCUUCCUCAUGCUCUUCACUCUGGGAGUCGACACCCUGUUCGGGAACAUCGAGGGCAUCCUCACGGCCAUCCUGGACGAGUUCCCGGCCCUGCGCAACGGGAGGCGGAAGACGGCGCUGCUGGGCGCCUUCUGCGUCACCUCCUACCUGCUGGGGCUGCUGCUGGUGACCCAGGGUGGCAUCUUCUGGUUCACGCUUAUUGACACCUACAGCACCGGCUUCGGCCUCAUCAUCAUCGCCCUCUUCAUGUGCCUCGGCGUCGCCUUCUGCUACGGUGUGAACCAGUUCUGCCAGGACAUCGUGGACAUGAUCUGCCGGUGCCCGCCCUGGUGCAGCCGCAUGUUGGGCUACUUCAAGGUGUGCUGGGUCUUCUUCACGCCCUGCCUGCUGCUGUUCACGCUCAUCUACACCUUCCUGGACCUGUCCGGCGCGGCCCCGCGCUACGGCGCCUACGAGUACCCGGCCUGGGGCAGGAACCUGGGCAUCUGCGUGGGCGUCUUCACCUGCCUGCAGAUCCCGCUCUGGGCCGCCGCCGCCCUGGGCCGCGAGUCGGGGACGCUGAGCGACCGCUUCCAGAAAGCCACCCAGCCCCUGCGCUCCUGGCGCACGGCCACCGCCCGCGACGCGGCCGAGGUCGUCGUCAUCGACGUGCCCUUCACCAUCACCCUCACCAGCAGCGACCUCGCCGGCAGCUACGAGUCCUGACGCCGGGCACGGGGCGCCCCUCACCCCGCCGGACCCCCCGCUCCGCCGGCCUCCGCGCGCGCCGGGAGAGGCUGGAAGGAGAGAGCAGCAGCCGCCGGCUGUUAAAAUAUACUACAUGCUUUAUUGGA